ACUUCUGGUUCAGACGCGCCUCAGUCUUUUCAGAAAUUCAGGUGAUUAGAAACGAAGAACCAGAUCAAAUGAUCACUGUCACACAGGGAGGCAUCUAAUACUGCAAGGGAGGGAGAGGAAACCCAGUUUUCUUCACAGAGGACAGUGAUCCAAUCACUAUUGAAAAAAGAGUUUCCAACAAAGCAGUUGUGUCCCUGGAGCCCAGCUGGCCUCUGAUAUUCAGUGGCGAGAAGAUCACUGUUAGACGUGAGAUUUAUUUAGGUAGAAGCACUGAGUGGCAGUAUGAAUGGAGCAAACCCGACUCAAGCACAGUUCUGGCAAAUAAUGCAUCCAUAGAUGUUAAUGCAUCUGUGAUCAGCAGUGGAAGCUACAGGUGUAUGGGUAAAAACAAACAGGAGCUGUACUCUGUGACAGAGUGGAGUGAUGUCAUCACACUGACAGUCUCUGGAAACAGACCAAAGGCCAGCAUCAGUGCUGACAGUAGAGUCCUUCCAGAAGGUGAUGCAGUCACCCUGACCUGCUCUGUGACACCAUCUUCUCCUGGUUGGAGUUACUACUGGUACAGAGGCAAGAAAACCUCAGACCCACUGACGAUGGCAGAAGUUGUUCUCCACUCUGAUGGACAAAUCGGUGUAUCACAGGAAGGAGACUAUUGGUGCAGAGGAGGACGAGGCAACCCAGUUUACUACACAGACUACAGUGAUGUGAUCAGUAUUAAAAAAACUGUUAGAAACAGGCCUGCUGUGACUCUGCAUCCAAACUGGCCUGAGGUAUACAGCAGAGAGACGAUCACUUUGAAAUGUGAGAUCCCAGGAGAAGACACUGAGUGGGAUUAUGAGUGGGCAACAAGCAGCUCACAUCAACCUCCAAACCAAAAUGAAUACAAGAUUAACUCUGUUUCUACAUCACACCGUGGGCACUACUGGUGUAAGGGCAGGAUGAGAAGUGCACAACAGAAUUCAACAAUGUGGAGUGCAUCCUUUCAACUAAAGAUAGUUUAUGAACCCCGUCCUGUCCUCACUGUGUCUCCAUCAUGGCUGAGUCCUGGAGCCUCAGUAACUCUGAACUGUGAGGUUGAACAUCCGUCUGCAGGAUGGAGCUUCUACUGGUAUAAAGCUGUUAGACGGGCGUCAGUGGACAGUGAUGAAAUUUACUCAGCACGGAUACCUGAGAGAACACCCGCAAUGUGGCAAAUGGGGGAUGAUGACUGA